AUGGUUAAUAACUCAAGAGUAGCAAUCAUAGGUGCUGGUUCAGUUGGAGCAACAAUUGCUUUUGCUUUAUUAAUACAAAAAAUAAGUUCAGAGAUUUUAUUGGUUGAUGUUGUAGAAGACACAGUCAAAGGACAAGUGCUUGAUUUAUCUGAUGCAAAUUUUAUUUCCUCAACUCAAGUACGUGGUGGAACUUAUCAAGAAGCCGGUCAAUGUGAUAUUAUAAUUAUUACCGCUGGUGCUAAACAAAAACCUAAUGAAACAAGAAUUCAGUUAAUCGAGAGAAAUUAUAAAAUUAUGGAUAAUGUAAUUAAUUCGAUGAAACCAAUCAAUCCAAAAUCUCUUUUAUUGUUAGUCGCCAACCCGGUUGAUGUUUUAACUUCUAUCGCUCAAAAAAUUUCUGGAUUACCAAAACAUCAAGUUUUUGGAUCUGGUACAUUUUUAGAUUCUGCAAGAUUAAGAUUAAAAUUAUCAUCUUUACUCAAGGUAUCAGAAACAGCAAUUCAUUGUUAUGUGUUGGGUGAACAUGGUGAUUCACAAAUCAUCGCAUGGACAUCAGCACACGUUGGCGGUAAACCAUUACUAGAUUAUCAGGAGAUUAAGGAUCUAAAAGAUGAAGAGAGAGAACAAAUUGAAAAGGAGAUUGCUAAUAAAGCAUAUGAAAUCAUUAAUUUAAAAGGCGCAACAUAUUUUGGUAUAGCUGGUUGUGUUUCAAUGCUUGUACAAUCUAUUACAUUGAAUCAACGUCAAAUCAGACCGUUAAGUGUUUAUUCAGAAGAGUACGAGUGUGUUUUGAGCAUGCCGGCUGUUUUAGGUAGUAAUGGAAUCGAGAGAAUUAUUGAAGUUAAGUUGAGCGAUCAGGAAAAAGCUAAAUUAAAGAAGUCAGUUGUGAAUUUAAAAUCCAUGUGUGAUAAAUAUUGUUAA